AUGGGCGAGCUCUCUGCUGAGGCCGUUACGAAGCUGCUUUGCACCCUCCCGGGUAUUGAGCAGGGUCUCCUUGCAGUGAUGCAAACGCUGGCAAAGUUCGCGACCGAGUCUGCUGAUUGCGAAGCGCGUAUGAAACGCAAAAUUGGUGAGCUGGCAGCGGAAGUAAAAGAUUUGAAGGAAGAGUUAGUUGUUUCAAAAAACUCCUCCAUUGCCUGGAUGCAGCCGAAGACGACGAGAAACAGCUCACCAGUUCAAGCAGACGUACAUCGUACGCAAAGUAGUACCGGUAGUACCCGUGCCAGCAAACGCAGCGCCAAGCAAGCUGCAGCUCACAUGGAACCCAGCAGCACCGUAUCACGUACUGGCGUCACAAGCGCGGAUCGAAAGCCCCACGGCCCCCAGGCCCAGAGAAGCGGUGGCUUGGCAAAGGCAGAGUGUUCUGAGUCACAGCCCAAGACAGAUGUGACAGAGUCCAAGUCCCAGGCAGAUGUGACAGAGUCCAAGUCCCAGGCAGAUGUGACAGAGUCCAACGGCAAGCCAAUCGUCCAUGUUAUCGAGGAUGACUCAUGGAAGCUUGUCUCCUCAGAACCACCCAAGAACAAGCGUGCCGUAGUGUACGUGGGCAAUAUCGCCACAGAUAGCAGUGAGAGCCACUUCAGGCAAUUUAUCAAAACCAGGAGUGAGUUUCUGGGCGCCUCUAUUCCUGUCCACACCUGCAGUGUAUGGCUGUCAGAAAGUGGGCGUGCUUCCGCCAGAGUGACCAUCGAUGCCACUUCAUUCUCCACAGUUACAGCGCCCAACUUCUGGCCAAGACGCCUAUACUGCAGGCCAUGGAGGUUCUCUGAAACCAGUCCUGAGGGCAGCACCAGCAGUCGCUGCCACGGUAGCAGAAACAGCAACUCUGCCAGUGUUCUGACUAAACAGCAACAGCAACAACAGCAGCAGGGCUCAACCUCCUCCCCGCCGCCGCCGCCGCCACCACCGCCGCCACCACCACCGGCAGACAUCAUCUCUACUCCACUGCCUGGUGGCCAAAAACGGAGAAACUCCCACCUCUCCCCACCAGAGGCUGGAGACCUGAACAGAUCAAACGGAUCUGCGCCACAACAUGACCUACAUGGUCACCAAUGA